AUGCCUCCCAAGGAAAACAAAUCCACGGGCUCGCAAGAAGGACAGAUCUCCCAGACCACCAAAAUAUCCACGGACGCGCUAGAUGACUCGGGAGGUCAGAUCUCCGAGACCACCAAAAUAUCCACGGACGCGCUAGAUGACUCGGGAGGUCAGAUCUCCGAGACCACCAAAAUAUCCACGGACUCGGGAGGUCAGAUCUCCAAGACCACCAAAAUAUCCAAGACCACCAAAAUAUCUAAGACCACCAAAAUAUCCACGGACCCGCUAGACGACUUGGAAGCUCAGAUCUCCAAGACUUGUUGCAUCUACCCACUGAUACCAAGCGAAGACAGAAGUUGUUGCAUCUACGCAGUCCCCGAGACGCUCAUCGAGAUCAACGGCAAGAAGGCGUACCAGCCCCGGGUGGUCUCCAUCGGGCCCUACCACCGCAGCCAGCCUCAAGUCAUGGCUAUGGAGAAGCACAAGGUGGAGGUCCUCAGCCUUUUACUCCAUCGGAAGAAAUUUGGUUUGGAUAAGUUAUUGAGCAUCACACGCCCACUUGUAGCGGAAGCCAGAAAGUGUUAUUCCAAAGAGAUGAACCUCGAGUCCAUUACUGAUCAUAAUGAUCGGUUCCUCAAGAUGAUAGUUGUGGAUGGUUGUUUCUUAAUAGAGUUGUUUCGAAAGGCUGACAAACAGAAACUGUUCGAGUUCAACGACCCUCUCGCCACCAUGGCGUGGGCAGUACCAUACAUCUACGGUGACCUUCUUCUGCUUCAGAAUCAGAUCCCUUUUUUUGUUCUAGAAAGGUUGUUUGAAACUUCCAAAAUGCCUGGGGAGUCCAAUGCUCCCUUGUCCUUGCUCGCUUUACGAUUCUUUAACAAAGUAAUGCAAAGGCCCAACCAAGUCAUAGAGAGCUUCACGUUCAGCCGCAAUCAAACAGUACCCUUCCAUUUGCUGGACUUGGUUCGGUCAAGUUUGCUCUCGCCCCAUCUAGAGCCAUCAAAGAAGAACGAGGGCAACACACAGACUUGCCGUCUUAUUCACUGCAUCUCAAAGCUUCGCCGAGCGGGGAUUAAGCUCGAACUGAGAGAGGCGGACAGCUUCUUGGACGUGAAAUUCAGGAAGGGGAAACUAGGGAACCGUGUGAUCCAGAUGCCGAAUAUCACCAUGGACUACCACAUGAAGUCUUUCUUGGUGAACUGUCUGGCAUUCGAGCAGUUGCACAACAGCCGUUCCAAGCAGUUCACGGUUUACGCUAAUUUCUUGGACUGCCUGGUGAACACCGCCAAAGACGUCGACUACCUUUGCGACCAGAACAUCAUUGAAAAUUACUUUGGGAAAGACGGCGACGUGGUGCUCUUCAUCAACAAGAUGGGAAAGGACCUGGCGUUUGAUGACGAUCAGUUUUACCUCUCCCAAUUGUUCAAAGAUGUUGACGAGUGUUACCGGAAUAAAUGCUACGUGCAGGUGGCGAGCUUCAUGCGUAGGUAUUUUAACACGCCAUGGUCAUUCUUAUCGGCAUUGGCUGCCCUUUUCCUCUUAGUGCUGACGUUUCUGCAGACCUUCUACACCAUUAAUCCUUAA